AUGGGUAUAAAUCGCCAGCUUGGUCAACAGAGACAUGCUGGUUUGCAAUAUAAAAGGUUUUACUCCGAUAAAAAAGACGGGAGUGACAACGGUCCAGUAAAACCUGAAGAUGAGGCCAAAGAAUCGGGUGAAGAAUCAUCUGUUGGGCCUGUGUCUCAUGCUGUUUUAGCAUCAAAAGAACAGCAAGCUAAUAAGGAUUUGUCGAAUCCUAAGGCUCAAGCUGAGUUUUAUACUCUUUUGUUAAGAUCAAACUAUCCUCAAUAUGUGGUUUCCAGAUUCGAGACUCCUGGUAUUGCAUCUUCUCCGGAAUGUAUGAGUCUGUACAUGGAAGCCUUACAAAGAAUCGGUAAACAUGCCGAAGCGGAAUCUGUGAGACAGACUUUAUUGGCAACUGCGCCACCAGGCACAGUUAGCCAAUCUCUAGGUUCUGGUACUGGUUCUCCAGUUGCCGGUGCGCCUGGUAUUGCUGGCGCACCUGGCAUGGCAGCACCUGCCUAUCCUGGUGCUAACAACUUUUACAAUCCAUUUAUGGGUUCUAAGAAGGAACCUUUGCAUGUGGUGGUUACUGAAUCAACCUUUUCUAUCGUCUCUAGAUGGUUGAAAUGGCUGAUUGUUUUUGGUGCUGUCACUUACGGUUUAACCGAAGGCUUUAAAUACAUUACGGAACACUCUACCCUUUUCAAGAACAACGAAGUAGCAGAUAAAUCUGUUGAUGUGGCAAAAACAAACGUCAGGUUUGAUGACGUUCGUGGUUGUGAUGAAGCUCGGGCAGAGUUAGAGGAAAUUGUAGACUUUUUGAAAGAUCCUACUAAGUACGAAUCUCUAGGUGGUAAAUUACCUAAGGGUGUGCUUUUGACGGGUCCUCCAGGUACCGGUAAAACUUUGUUAGCAAGAGCAACUGCAGGUGAGGCUGGUGUAGACUUUUUUUUCAUGUCCGGUUCUGAAUUCGAUGAGGUUUAUGUUGGUGUCGGUGCAAAGCGUAUCAGGGAAUUAUUUGCGCAAGCUCGUGCUAGGGCUCCAGCAAUUAUUUUCAUCGAUGAAUUGGACGCCAUUGGAGGCAAACGUAACCCUAAGGACCAAGCUUAUGCAAAACAGACUUUGAAUCAAUUGUUAGUUGAAUUAGACGGUUUCUCUCAAACAAGUGGUAUUAUUAUUAUCGGAGCUACUAACUUCCCAGAAUCCUUGGACAAAGCCUUGACUAGACCUGGUAGAUUUGAUAAGGUCGUUAACGUUGACUUACCAGAUGUUCGUGGACGUGCCGAUAUUUUGAAACAUCACAUGAAGAAAGUCACAGUUGCACCUGAUGUUGAUCCAACCAUUAUUGCUAGAGGUACUCCUGGCUUGUCAGGUGCUGAAUUGAUGAAUUUGGUGAAUCAGGCUGCUGUUUAUGCCUGCCAGAAGAAUGCAAUUGCUGUUGACAUGAACCAUUUCGAGUGGGCAAAGGAUAAGAUCUUAAUGGGUGCUGAAAGGAAAACUAUGGUUCUUACAGAAGCCACUAAAAGAGCUACGGCUUAUCAUGAAGCAGGACAUGCUUUGAUGGCUCUGUACACCCCUGGUGCAACACCAUUGUAUAAAGCUACCAUUUUGCCAAGAGGCAGAGCUUUAGGUAUUACCUUCCAAUUGCCUGAGAUGGACAAGGUGGAUAUUACUAAAAAGGAAUGUCUUGCUAGAUUGGACGUCUGUAUGGGAGGUAAGAUUGCUGAAGAACUGAUUUACGGUAAGGAAAAUACUACUAGCGGCUGUGGUUCAGACUUGCAAAAUGCAACAAAUACUGCUAGAGCUAUGAUCACUCAAUAUGGUAUGAGUGAGCAGGUUGGGCCUGUUAAUCUAGCUGAUAAAUGGGAAUCUUGGUCUGGUAAAAUUCGGGAUAUUGCGGACAAUGAAGUCUUAGAAUUACUCAAGGCUUCAGAGCAAAGGACAAGAGCAUUAUUGGCAGAAAAAGAGCCUGAAUUGCAUAGAUUAGCUCAAGGGCUAAUGGAAUAUGAGACUUUGGACAGUACUGAAAUACAAAAAGUAUGUAAGGGUGAGGUUAUCAACAAACUGAAGAUGGCCACUAACACAGUGAUUGAAGGACCAGACAGUGAUGAUCGUAAGGAGAUAGGUGGUGAUAAAUCUAAGAUCCCUGUACUGAUUAAAGCAUGA